AUGGGAUUUUGGUUUAAUGGGUGUAAACGGUCACGGCAAGUGAAACUGGAAGCGGCAAUUUUUGGGAUCCUCGACGAACGACGGCAUCGUCGCUCGUUGGUAGAGCAAUCAGAUGCUGCAGGAGCCGUUGUAUCAAAGUUUGGGGUCGUCUUUCUCUCUGGUAGCUCGCGGUGCCCGAUUCUCGUUCUCGACUAG